AUAUAACCCCACUACUCACAUCUCCGAUAGUCGCAUCUUGACCUUGACCUUGACUCCCACCUACACCUGUCAUAAUUGACUGACUGACCUUCACAUCUCACCAAAUUAAAAGGGAGUCACCAAUCCUCCAACCUCUCUCAAUAACCUUCCUUCGCCGGCGCCGUCAUAUAAGCUUCAUUCCCCUAGUUGUGUCGCUUGCGUGACUCACUGCUUGUCUAUAAAGAGUCCUUCUCUCGCGCCUCCAAGUCUUCUAGUUCCUUUUCUCUUCAUCGGCUUCUUGCUUAAGACCUCCUCCUCUCAUUUCUAAACCACAUCACGCCCUCUCCCCCAAAAAGAGAAGAUAAAGGCAAAGCGAAAGCCAUAGACUUGACUUGGACGACACGCGACCGCCUUUCAUUCGCUCACCUCCAGCCCUGACGCUCAAUUGAUUGCCAAUUGACUGCCUAGACACCCAUAUUAUCUCUUCAAAUACAAUUCAAUCACAAAACAUCACGCAACAUGGAUUAUCUGAAGGAAACUUUCAAGCGCUGCAAGGCCGAGAGCAGGGCUGCCCUCGUGACCUAUGUUACUGCCGGCUUCCCUGAGCCAUCACUCAUGCCCUCCAUCUUGCUCGCCAUGCAAAAGGGUGGUGCCGAUGUCAUUGAAUUGGGUAUUCCGUUCACAGAUCCCAUCGCCGAUGGUCCCACUAUCCAGACCUCCAACACCGUCGCCCUUCAGCAUGGCGUCACCAUCCAGUCCACCUUACAGAUGGUCAAGGACUCGCGUGCACAGGGCCUGAAAGUCCCCGUAUUGCUGAUGGGCUACUACAACCCCUUACUGAGCUAUGGCGAGGAGGCUUUAUUGAAUGACUGCAAAGCUGCCGAUGUCAAUGGCUUCAUCAUCUGCGACUUACCGCCCGAAGAGGCCGUUUCCUUCCGCAGGUUCUGUAGCCGUGGAGGCCUUUCCUACGUCCCUCUGAUCGCCCCAUCUACGUCAGAUGCGCGCAUGAAGCUGCUAUGCGCCCUUGCCGACUCUUUCAUUUACGUCGUUUCACGCCAGGGUGUUACCGGUGCCCUUGGUACCCUCAAUGCCAACCUACCCGACUUGCUCCAGCGUGUGAAGAAAUACAGUGGCGACAAGCCAGCCGCCGUCGGUUUUGGUGUCUCUACGCGCGAACACUUCCAGUCUGUCGCUGCUAUCGCUGACGGUGUUGUCAUUGGAUCUCAGAUUGUCACGACUCUUCAGGACGCCGAAGCCGGCAAAGAAGCUCAAACUGUUGAAGAAUAUUGUGCGUAUGUGUGUGGACGGACCACUGGGGCCGAGACGACACGGGAAGUUGGUGUCAUUGAGGCUAUCAGCGUCGCGAAGGAACCAAGUGGAGAGAAUGUCACUGUGAAUGGUACUAUUACUGAGGAGGAAGACGCUGCGCUGGUCGCCCAGCUCGGUGCUCUACAUGGUAAGAUACCAGACCGGUUCGGCGAGUUCGGUGGUCAGUAUGUUCCCGAAGCUCUCAUGGAUUGCUUGAGUGAACUUGAAGAAGGCUUCAACGCCAUAAAAGAUGACCCUAAGUUCUGGGAGGAAUAUAAAUCGUACUACCCCUGGAUGGGACGGCCCGGGCACCUACAAUUUGCCGAGCACUUGACCGAACAUGCAGGCGGUGCCAGGAUCUGGCUGAAGAGAGAGGAUCUGAACCACACUGGUUCUCACAAGAUCAACAAUGCUCUGGGCCAGCUCCUUCUUGCCAGGAGACUGGGCAAGAAAAAGAUCAUUGCAGAGACAGGGGCGGGUCAGCACGGUGUCGCCACGGCCACUGUUUGCGCCAAGUUUGGCAUGGAGUGUACCGUCUUCAUGGGUGCCGAAGAUGUACGACGACAGGCAUUAAACGUGUUCCGCAUGCGACUCCUUGGCGCUAAGGUCAUUGCCGUCGAGUGUGGCACCAAGACACUCCGAGACGCUGUCAACGAAGCCUUGAGAUACUGGGUUGUCCAUCUUCAAGAUACACAUUACAUCAUCGGCUCGGCUAUCGGACCGCACCCUUUCCCAACUAUCGUCAGAACAUUCCAGUCCGUCAUUGGCACUGAGACAAAAGCGCAGAUGCUAGAAAAAGCCGGCAAGCUUCCCGAUGCCGUUGUGGCCUGUGUUGGAGGUGGCAGUAACGCUGUCGGCAUGUUCUACCCAUUCGCGAAUGAUCCUAGCGUGAAACUCCUGGGAGUCGAAGCGGGUGGUGACGGUGUUGAUACUGCGCGCCAUUCGGCAACUUUGACAGCCGGUUCCAAGGGCGUCUUACAUGGUGUUCGAACUUAUAUCCUCCAGAAUGAGCACGGCCAGAUUCAGGACACACACUCGGUAUCAGCGGGUCUUGAUUAUCCCGGUGUAGGUCCUGAACUAUCAUCUUGGAAGGAUAGCCAGCGCGCCAAAUACAUAGCGGCCACAGACGCAGAGGCAUUCCAAGGCUUCCGACUGAUGAGUCAGCUCGAGGGUAUCAUCCCGGCUCUAGAGUCGUCGCACGGAAUUUGGGGCGCCGUCGAGCUCGCCAAGACAAUGAAGAAGGACGAGGACGUUGUCAUCUGUCUCAGCGGCCGUGGCGACAAGGAUGUACAAAGCGUGGCGGAUGAGUUGCCCAAGCUGGGUCCUCAAAUUGGAUGGGACCUUCGAUUUUAGAAAAAUGUACAUAUUGUUUUGAUUACGGGACAAAAUGAUGGGAUACAGGAGUUGGCGUAAGGGAGAUAUGGAUCAGAUCACAAAACCAUCUUGAUUGGUGUAUAGAAAAAAUGAAGGAUGCUACUUGGAAUUGCAUAAUGUGCUAGGAGCCAGAUUUAGACACUGCAAUUUGCAUCAGUAUACUC